UCACGUGACGCAGCCUCUUCCUUUCCGCGGUUGCGGAAGUACCGCUAGGGGUCGCCAUGGGGAGCAAGAUGGCGGCGGCCAGCAGGGUCGUCCAGGUUGUGAAGCCACAUGUGCCAACCAUUAGAUUUCCAGAUAGAAAAAGCAGUCCAAAACCUAAUGUUCAAGAAGCCUUGAAGUCUCUGAUCUACCCAUUUACCGUACCCCCAGUAACGGCACAUGCGGCUGGCAGUGAAAACCCUCCGGGAGGUCUAAACCCUGCACCAGUCCGUAAAGCACAUGGCUCCCCAGACACUAGCGAACUACUGAGGUCGUUUCCUCAUAAAUACAGAAGAAAACCUCUGCCAGUUGAAGAGAUGGACUAUAUACAACGCGGAGGUCCUGAAUGAGACGUCGGCAACUGAUACCACCACUAGUAUACACUUAUUGUUACAGAGCUAUCCUGGAUCUGUGUAAUUCUAAUUGUAAAUGAAUGGGUUUAAUAAAGGAAAGAAAGUUACAUGUUGGAAGCUUUACUCUGUAUUCACUUAAUACCUACAGGAGCUUUUUUCCUAAAGUAUAGAAUGUGUGAAACUGCAUUUUGUAUAAAUGAAAUUCUAAAAUUAAAAGGAAUUGUUUUGUAAUCUUAGUCCCGGAAUUUACUUGUAGUCUGCAGUUGCGGAUAUUACCGAUAGAUGUAGAAUACUAUGGUUUAUUAACAACUUCAUCAGAUUGAGAAUAUAUAUAAAUCUGUCCUGAACUUCUGCCAUAUCAGUAUACAGUGGUCCCUCAACAUAUGUUGAGGGAUCCGUGCAAUGUAAAGUAUAGGACAGUGGUCUACAACCUUCGGACCUUCAGAUGUUUUAAAACUACAACACCCAGCAUGCCCGGACAGCCAAUCGCUGUCGCCGGGUCCCCGAGGUGUCCCCGACGCUCCGGCAAAACCUCUGCUUCCCCGGCAUCCUCGCUCUCCGUUGCCGCCAUCAGGUCGCUGCGCACGCCGCUCCUAUUGGAUGACGGGACGGCGUGCGCAGCGACAUGAUGACGACUAUGGAGAGCACAGACGAUGCAGGGGAUCCCAAAGAGGACGCGCCGGAGCCCCGAAGACAGGUAAGUGAUCGUCAGCGGACCACACGGGGCACAGUAAACGGCUAUCCGGUGGCAGCUGAAGCAGUCUGCGCUGCCGGAUAGCCGUUUAUGCGAUGGCCCCGACAUACAAAAGCAUCGUAUGUUGAUGCUGCCUUCAACAUGCGAUGGCCUCUGAGAGUGAUCGUAUGUUGAAAUGAUUGUAUGUCGGGGGGGGGGGGGGGUCACUGUAUUAGGACACAUGGGAAAUAUAGCUUUCUUUCCUACCAGUUUAAUGUCAAUUUAUCCAGCAUCAUACAGUCUAGAAUUCCAAAAUUAUUUCAUUCUGGGAUGACCUGGCUUCUUCAGCAGCUCUGUCGCCAUGGGCUGUGGUGAUGUGUUCCAGCAUAUUGACAUUUAGUCACAUAAAGUCACAUGCAAAUUGUGUGUACAGAAUUAAACAAAGUUGAACUGAAUUUACAGAUGUAUUUAUGUAAAAAAAAAGGAAAUCUUCGCACAAAGCCAUUCAGAAUGUGUGAAACUACAUUUUGGAUAAAUGUAAUUAUGAAAAUAAAAGGAAUUGUUUUGUAAUGUUAA